UGACGCCAUCAACAUGCGUCAAAACCGGGAAACUGAAAUUUGAACUGCAACAGCUAGCUGGCUAAAGGAAUUACCAUUCAAAAAAUCCUUCACGGAAUGCUAUCUACUUGGAGUCCAGAUUGGAAAUCAUAAAGAUUUAGUAAUGGCAACCGCUGCUAAGACUCCAGCGGGUGCAGAUCCGAAACAGCUGGAGCGCACCGGGUCAGUGCGAGAGAUUGGCUCGCAGGCUGUUUGGUCUCUGUCAUCUUGUAAACCCGGAUUUGGUGUGGAUCAACUCCGAGAUGAUAAUCUUGAGACGUACUGGCAGUCAGAUGGAUCCCAGCCUCACCUGGUCAACAUUCAGUUCAGGAGAAAGACCACAGUAAAAAUGUUGUGCAUUUAUGCUGAUUAUAAAUCUGAUGAGAGUUACACCCCAAGCAAGAUCUCUGUCCGUGUGGGCAACAAUUUCCACAACCUUCAAGAGAUCAGGCAGUUGGAGAUGGUAGAGCCCAGCGGGUGGAUCCACAUCCCCCUGUGUGACGUGAUGAAGGGGCCCAUCCGGACCUUCAUGAUCCAGAUUGCGGUCCUGGCCAACCACCAGAACGGGCGGGACACACACAUGCGCCAGAUUAAGGUCUACACACCCGUGGACGACAGCUCAGUUGGCAAGUUCCCACGAUGCACCACAGUGGACUUCAUGAUGUACCGGACUAUCAGAUAGCCUGAGCACUCCCCGCUCUAGUUUCACAUGUGAUUAACCAUGGCAACAUCAACAGGAGAAGGACUGUGCCAAUUUGUGUGCGUGUGCGUGUGCGUGUGCGUGAGUGUGAGUGUGAGUGUGAGUGUGAGUGUGAGUGUGAGUGUGAGUGUGAGUGUGAGUGUGAGUGUGAGUGAGCUGUGCCUGUGUCUUGCAUAUUACAGGGUUGUAUAUGCAAGACUGUGUGUAUGUGUGUGUUACUGAACUCUGUGUGUGUUUUACGAAAGAGGGAGAGUAUGAAUGAACGAAUGUCAUUGCAUUUGUACAUAUGUUUGAUCCGAUGUGUAAUAAAAUACAUAUUUACCUGUAAA